AGAUCUCAGCUCAAAUGAAGGAGCAGGGAAAGGGCUUCACUUUCCCCCAGGAGAGCAAAGUCUCGCAGAUACCAAGAAACACAAGACGCAGAGCUCGGAACCCUGUAGAGGGAGGGGUAGGGCUCCCCAGAUCCCAGCACACAGAAGGGGAUAAUUCAGGGCUGACCUGCCCUCUGUAAAUACCUGACUUCAUCUGCCUUAGAAAACACGCCUUAUGAUGAGACUCCAAGAGUUCAAUCUAUUUGCCUUAACACAGAACAUUAAGUGGUGACUUGACUGCAGUCUCUCUCAGAGUCUCAACUUCGAAUGAACUGUCAGUGAACUGAAUAAGCUGAAAUGCAGAAAAUAUUCUCUCUGUACCUGCAGAAGAGGCUACUGUUGUCCAAAGCUGGUUUAGCAUUUCGGCAACCUCUUGUUCCAGGAUGUACAUUUUGAAGAUGAAAAAGGAUAACUUAUGGUUUUACAGAAUAUAAAGAAAUACUGUCUGACAUGAUGGCAAAAAAUAUUGGUGUAACUUCCGCAUAUGGAGACCUGAAAGGAUUUAUAGAUCAGAACCGGAGUCCAUCAAAAGGUAACAUUUCAGUAAUUGCAUUACCAGUUUCCAGCACCAAUUCCCCAGCUAAGAUUUUGCCAAAAACCUUAGGACCAAUAAACGUGAAUGUUGGACCCCAAAUGAUCAUAAGCACACCACAAAGACUGACCAAUUCAGGGAGCGUUCUGAUUGGGAGUCCAUACACCCCAGCACCAGCAAUGGUCACUCAAACGCACAUAACAGAAGCCACUGGCUGGAUUCCAGGGGACAGAAAACGGGCUCGGGAAUUUAUACAAUCAGAUUUUUCAGAAAGUAAAAGAAGCAAAAAAGGAGAUAAAAAUGGAAAGGGUCUGAGGCAUUUUUCAAUGAAAGUAUGUGAAAAAGUCCAGCGUAAAGGAACAACGUCCUACAAUGAAGUAGCUGAUGAACUGGUAUCAGAAUUCACAAAUUCUAAUAGUCACUUGGCUACAGAUUCGCAGGCUUAUGAUCAGAAGAAUAUUAGGCGGAGAGUUUAUGAUGCCCUCAAUGUGCUGAUGGCAAUGAACAUCAUUUCAAAAGAGAAGAAGGAAAUCAAAUGGAUUGGCCUUCCUACAAACUCAGCUCAAGAAUGUCAAAACCUAGAGAUAGAGAAACAGAGACGACUAGAACGAAUAAAGCAGAAGAGAGCCCAGCUGCAAGAGCUACUAUUGCAGCAAAUAGCAUUCAAAAAUUUGGUACAAAGAAAUCAGCAAAAUGAACAACAGAAUCAAGGUCCUCCAGCUUUGAACUCUACAAUACAGCUCCCUUUCCUAAUAGUUAACACUAGCAAAAGAACUGUUAUAGACUGCAGCAUAUCAAGUGAUAAGUUUGAGUACCUCUUUAAUUUUGAUAACACGUUUGAGAUUCAUGAUGACAUUGAGGUGCUGAAGCGAAUGGGAAUGUCCUUUGGGCUAGAGGCAGGCAAAUGCUCAGCAGAGGAUCUAAGAACUGCAAAAUCAUUGGUGCCAAAAGCUUUAGAAAGCUAUGUCACAGAUAUGGCUACAGGACGCCCAUGGUUGAACCAGGGGUCACUUUUAAAUUCAGCUCAUUCAGUUUCAACUUUAGAAACAGCUGGUGGUACCUCUAUUUCUAAAUCAAGUGGAAAUCCAGGAUUGUGUCUAGAUGCUGAAGUGGCCUUAGCAACUGGGCAGUUCCUUGCCCCUGGUAGUCAACAGUCCAGCAGUGCAACAUCACGUUAUUCGGAGUCACGAGGAGAAACCCCAUGCUCAUUCAAUGAUGAAGAUGAUGACGACGAUGACGAUUCCUCUUCCCCAGAAUGAAGACAGCAGAAAAUAGAAUAUACAAGAUGCUGCUUUUAUGUGUUUUUAGUAUGAGCUCCUGGUUUUCAUUAUGUAACUUCAGUUUCUUGCCUUUGUUUGCACUGUGUUCAGUUAAACUAAAUGGAAACUUGCACGCAUACACACACAAGAAGCACCCAAAGUUAAGAGACAGAUUGAAAACUUUUUAUAACUGAACACAGCGUGGUAUACUGCCACAGAGCAAACAGAGUGUUUCAACUGCAACCAAGGAAAAAGCAAAAUCCCUGAAGAUAUAGCAGACUAAUUCUUAAGUGCGCAUGUUUAUUUUUCAUAACUUGGGACAUUGCUUCUCCAGUUUCUCUCUUCCCCCUCAUUUAUCCCACUCAGAAUGGAGAUGACUAUAGUGUUGACCAACAGAUGCUGAUUCUUACAUUGUCUUCAGGCUUUGCUACCUUUUUAAAAAAAAAAAAAAAAAAAAAAGCUAAAAGAGAGAGUUUUAAAUAUCUUAUGUAUUAAAACCAUUAUGGAGAGGAGCUAUUGCUUUGUUCUGUUCAACUUGCUGUACAGAAGAGUCUCUUAAAGUAAUAUAAAAUGCAAGUGGCGAAAUUAAUCUUGAACUAGAUGAAAUCCAUUUUAGAUAUUUUAAAGAAUGAACUUAGUAUAUUUCUGUUGAAGCGUUCAUAUUUUUCCAUUAUUUUAUUCCAUUGAUAUUGUGAGCCUAAUUUAUUAUAAAUAACCGAUUAGCCAUUACAUAGAGUCAGGAUAAAAAUGGUGGUAUUCUCUACACCAACACUAAUU